UGUUUCAAAUAAUCGCAUUACAAAUAUUGAUGUCACUUUUUAAUUGUAUUAUAUUCGUACACAUACGUAUUUCAUUGAUCCAAAAAUCAGUUCGAAAAUAAAUUAAUAUAUAUUUAUGUACAGCUAUUUUGAAAUACAAAUGGAAAUAAUACACAUAAUGUUGGUGGCUUUACUAUUACUGUCUAAUAAAGUAAAUGGACUCGAAGAUAUUUUUAUGGAAACUCCAAUUACUUCCAUUUCCAUGAGUCCGGAGGAAGCUCCCAUUAUUACUGCUGCACUAUUGGAAUGCUCAAAAAACAUAAAGGAUGGCAAUCGACAGAAAUUGGAAAACUAUAGCCAAAUACGAAGGCAAUUGUUGGUGAACAUUCGAGUAAAUCCCAGUUUUAAUGUAGAAAAGGUCGACAAGUUUCUAAUCCUGGAUGAAGUAUUUGAUGCAAAAAAGAGUUCAAAAGCUAAAAUUAUGUCACCUUAUUUAAUUGAAAUUAGUAGAGGAGAGCCAGUUAUUAUGUAUCCUUUGGAAUUUGCUAGGUCUUUAAAACUUGACGAAUUGAACAAUACUAAGUUAAUUGACAAUUCUUAUCAUGGGCAAAAUGUCACGAAUCAAAUGGAAGAAGUCCCUAAAUUGAAAUCAGGACCAAGAAAUUCGUCUUCAUAUUUGGAGAGAGAAGGAACUCAAAGAAAAAAAAAUUAUGGUUCAGAAACAUUGUACGGAAAUAAUCAAUCUUUAAACAAUUCUCGCCAGGAUUAUUUUGCCAGUGAUGUUAGUGAGAUAGAAGACAAUUUCGAUCCAGCGAAUGCUAACGGUAUUAAUAGAUUGCCGAUCUCAAGUGCAAGCGUAGAAAAUCAAUUUGUGGAGCAAGAAAAGAAAGAGUCUUCAUCAGAUAAUAAACAAUUUCCAGAAAGUUUUAAAGCGGAAGCUAUUUUCCCAAAAGUUUCAAGGCUUCAUGACAAUAACUAUAAUGGGCCUAACGGCCAAAAAAUUAAAGGUAUUGUAGAAACCAAGCGACAGGUCGAUUUAUGGAAAAGCAAUACCAACAAAUCUGAAUCCUCAAAUAUUGUUUACGCUGAACCAAAAAAGUACUCCGGUGGUAUUUAUGAUGGUUCAGAUAGAACUGUAGAUUCAAUAGAGAAUUUAGUUCAUUAUCAGCAUUCCAUGCUAAAAUCACCAAUCAGCUUAGGUUCGCGUAAGGGCCAUAGGAGAGUUUAUAAACCGAGAUUUUCAAAACACCGUCAACAUCCAAAGAUUUUUAACAGUGGAGGUAAUGAAUACGACAUAAGCUCAGAGGAAGGGAAUCGAUAUUUUAAAAAGGGAUAUUGCCCAAAUAUUUACGACUGGUUAAAUAAAAGAACUGCUGAUUAUGCUUUCCAAAACUUACUGAAUGAAAGCUUUAACAGUAAAUUUAAAAAUGAACGAAAGAAGAUAUUUGAAAAAGGAGACAAAACAUUUCAAAAAGAUUCCACCGGGGUUCAUAUAUUUCCAACAAUUCCAGAUAAGAGGCGGAAUCACGACAACUACGCAGAAUUAUUUGAAUGCAGAGUUCGUACGCCAAAGAAAAACACCCGUAAUUCUAAUAUUAAUUCUAAGGAACCUAACAUUCAUGAAAAAAUAAUGAAGAAUGAUGAAGGCUUAAUUUCCCCUAAUGGUUUUCAUGCAUCCGGAAUAUUUUCAAAGAACAUGAACCCUCAUUUAUCCGAAGAUAUUUCUAUGACAGAGAAAAAUACACCCGAUUUUAACAAUUUUUAUGAAGAUUAUUUAUUCCCACAAAUAGGCACAAAAAUCCAUAUAAAAUUUCAAAAUCAACAACUGCCUGGAUGUAUGCAAAAAUUCGAGAGAACUAUUCGAGAUCCUCAUCAUAAGUAUAAUGAUAAACAAGGCAUUAUAGAAUCCAUUGAACCACAUGAUGUACAAACUGAAAAAAUAUUAAUAAAUUUAUUAAAAGAAACGGAAUAUCCUUUGUUAGUGAAGACCAAUCCCUUUCCAGUGCUUUCUGACUUUUCGAAAGAAAAAGCGUAUAUUAAAACAAUUAUUGAAAACUCUAAACAAAAGAAAAGUUUGACACACAACGCCUUAAAAUUAAGAAGCAAAUUCAAUGACAACAAUUACGAUACUAUUGAAUAUCCAAUAUUAACAUCAGGCUCAAAGUCUCGGCAUAUAGAAGGAGAUGAACAACCUUGUUCUUCAUGUGGUGGCAAGAAUAAGAAACCUCCCACAAAAACAGACAGCAAUGUAAUGACCAGAAAUAAAAAAUGUAACUGCAAGGUAUAUCAAAACGAAUGCUUAUGUACUUCGAAGAAAAUUCCACGCUCAAUACAUGAUACUUGGUAUUCAGUAUUCAAUAUGAGUGCGCCCUUGCCGUUCCUAACAACGAAAGUGAGAAUAUUCCGCAAGAGGAGAAAUAUUUGGUUCAAAACUGCCCCAUCAAUAACCCUGAGCAGCUUAUCAGGAAUCUUUGCCAACGCGAAUCUCUCGAUUUUGUUCUCAUCCCAUGUGGACAUAAUUCAGUUAGAAAAAUCACUUCUAAUACAAAAGCACCAACUACUAAUUCCGAAAGAUGAUGUUAAUGUAUAUCAGGGGAACAUAUUCGACAAAACUUUUAAAAAUGAAAAAAAUUGGCUGAAUUUGAAAAAUAAUGAAAAUAUUAGAGGACCACAUCAAGUUUCUCCUGAAAAUAACUUGUUAGCGUACCACGCUCUCGAUGAUAAAUACUUCAUCUUACCGCAAUAUCCGCGUUCGCUAGACGUAAAAGAACAUUUUAAAAGAAAAUCUUUACAUACAUUCAUAAAAACAUUAGCUGAUUUAGGCUAUUUUCCUAGAACUAUGAAUAUGUUAGAUCGAUGUCCAAGCAAUUCAACAAGACUAUGCCUAAAUAUGUUGAGUGACAAAGUUCCAGUAAUUAUCUUCCAAUCCGUUUUUGUUGGGCGCCAGUUACAUAAAAUUAAACAAUUCUUGUUAUUGCGUUGGAUAAGGAUUUUGUUCACUCAAGACACGCGUUACAGUAUAAAACUAAAGAUGCCAUUCCAAGAAAACGAUAUUAUAUUCCAAAACGCCUUUAAAGUGAAAAUAGCAAGGAUUAUUACGGACACCACAACCAAAGAUAUACUUCAAAUUUCAGUUGAUGUCAUUAGCGAAAGUUUAGUCGGCCAAAUUUUCUCAAUUUUAAUUAGUAAUUGUGGUAUACCAUGUAGUGCUGCUAGAUCCACCGUUAUGAGACCCUUACUACCAUAUAUUGGAGAUACCAUUACUUUUUUGUUGCCAUUAAUGCAGGAUGUCUCCAACAAGCGCCAAAAAUUUAAGUGCGACGUGUUGGUGAAGGUUUCUGUUGAAAAAAACCUUACGCAUUAUCCUGUGAAAAUUCCACCUAAAAUAAAAUCUGAAGUUAUGGUACUCAACAAUUCUACAACGAUUUCAUCUCGAACAAUUUUUGUUGAAACUGAAAAUCGGUGUUUCUGUAUCUGGCAUUGUAACUGUCAUUGCAUCACAAAAUUGGAAACACAUGUUAAUUUCAAUAUUUGCAAAAAAAUGGAUUACGAAGAUAUGCAGAAAGCGGGUCUACUUUCAAGUUUUUCGCUCAAUAAAUAUUUUGAAGACAAUUUUUAUGAAUAUGGGGCAACACGUAAACAAGAAAUAUUGUAUUUUUUGAUAAGAAAUGCAAGCAUUCUAUUACUCAUAAUGCUAAUAUUGGGGCUACUGAAAGCUUUAAUUGGACGGUUUUGUUCAACUUCUAUUGACCGGUGCGGAUUUGGCUAUGCACAAAGUGGCAAGCGAUAUGAAGAUUCUUCUGACAGUCGCAGAUUUUUUCUAAACGUGGUCUUGUUCAUUGUUUUUCCGUUCUUUUUCUUGUGUAAAUGUUUUGCACCCUCAGAUUUGGAUCUACUAGCAGCAAGUACAGAGUGGCAAUGUGAAAUUUUUGAACCGAGUCCUAUCUUAUCAGAAGACAAAAGUCAUUGCAGUGGCCAUGGACAACUCAAUACCAAAAAAAUAGAUAAAGACGAAGACAUCCUACUAUCUCAGAUUGCAGAAAGAAAAAAGAGAACAGUUUUAAGAACCACAACGAUAAGAUUUAUUUACUUUUUUUAAUGAAUAAGCAGAUUUCUCAACCAGCUGUCUAAAUGCACAAGUCUGCCGUUUGUCACCUUGAAAUUUCAAUGCGCAAUAGCAUUUCUUAAGACGCAUUAAUUCUGCUCGUCUGUCACUGUUAUACGCUAGUAAGAUUGAUGCUUCCAUCUCAACGCUCAAUAGGGUUGAAUAAGCAUCUACAAGAACAAAAUACUAAUGUAAAGAAAGUGGGUCAAAACCUUACUCCUGCUAAAUCUGCAGCAGAGGCAACCUCAAAGAGGAUGCGAGAAGAAAAGCAAACCCUCUCUCUAAACAAUAGAAAGGAUAUGCCGAAAGAAGUUAACUCGGUCACUGUCAAGGACAAACAGAAAAAGACAAAAGAAAAGAAGAAGAUCCAUAGGGUUCCGUAUGCAGAUGCCCUUGUAAGAGAUGACGACAUGACGUAUAGUGAAAUAAAGGCAGUUAAAAUAGACCUUAAUAAAGAAACCUUACAACAACUGGGCGAGAAUUUGUCGCGAAUUAGGAAAACAGCGAAAGGGGAUAUUCUGCUUGAGCUAAAAGGUCACAAAAAGAAAGUACGAAUAUGUACAAAGAGAAAAUUUUCAAAGUCCUUGGCAACGAGGUGGACAUAAAGUUCUAACCGAAGAGAAAAUAGUACACAUUCGUGAUGUUGAUGAUGUUACUACAAAAGACGAUAUAGUGAAAGGUAUCCGAUCACAACGCAAAUAAAUUCCUACGAAAGUUCCAUCAAGAACAUAAGAAAAGCGAAACAAAACCCGUGGAUAUGCGAAUACAAUUAACAAAGCUGGAAGUAAAAAAAUGUACCGUGAAAACAACGUUGUUAAACAAACGUGUACGAGAUGAAAAUUGAGGACGUAAUAAUCUGCGAAUUAUUUAGAGAUUUACGAUCCAUUUAGAGAUUUUCAGAUAACAACACCUAAUAUACUAGCAGGAGACUUCAACGCAUGGGCCCUGGAAUGGGCGAAAUACUUUGCUCAAAGCUGUCUAACUACUUGACGUGGAACUGUUUAACACGGGAACCAAGAAUACUUUUGAAUUGGAUAUUAAGAAUGGAUAUGGCUCAAUAAUAAUUGGCAUUUACCUACAUAUGUGCAAUAAACACACAUAAUGACCAUCAG